AUGGAAAGUGCAAGUAUGGAAGUCGCGAAUGAGGAUUCGCUGGUGGUCACCCACCCAACUACUAACUCACCGGCGUGUGGCUUGAGUACGGCUGAGCGGACGGGAAGCCCUAUUUUCCACACCCUAUGGUCGUAUGUGAUAGAAUAUGUGUGGAAGAGACUUAGACGGAAUGCAAGCCAUAGGGCGAUAGGAUAUACGGGUGAGUGCCCUAUAGACAGGGCCUAG